AUGUUUUGGCCGGCUGCUCUGGCCUUGCGCGUUCGAGACUUUGCGUGGCAGCAUGUCGUGAGGGCUCGAGGUUUCGUGGAAAGGUGUGGUUUCCUGACUUCGUUCAUAUUGAUGAACGGAACUUUGGAUGCUUCGGGCACAUGUUUCGCAGUAUGCCGCAGUACUCUUGAUUCCAGAGCUCAGGCGCACCUGCGUCUCCACAUCAGAAAGAUCUUGACGUCCAUUCCUUUCAAAUCCUGCACGCUGCCGCUUGCUCAGCCGUGCCGUCCCAGGUGGACCUUGCUGCUGUUGCUGAUUCUAUUCUAUACCUUCAGUUGCAUCUUCGCUCAGUUGGUGACAGACCAUUGCCGCUUCGCGACCAUUGACUUGACUGGGGACCCGAAUGCAGUGCCAGUGUGCCCAGUACUGCUGGAGCAGUACUGGGGCAAUGUGAUGGACAGCAUGAUGACGCUCUUCAUGUCCAUCACCGGGGGCAUCAACUGGCUAGAUGCUUAUGCACCGCUGAGGGAGGUCUCUCCCAUUGCCCUUGGCUUGAUGAACCUCUAUAUAGUGAUUGGUUUCUUCACGAUUCUCAAUGUUGUCACUGGAGUGUUCGUCAACACCGCGAUUGAAAGCGCCGGUGCGGACAAGGAUUUGGCGACUCUCAAGCAGCUGCAGAAGAAGGUUGAGAACAUGUCCGCAUUGCAGGAAGUAUUUCAGG